CAUGUGGUUUAUGGUUAGCUCCCCGACUACCGCAGGGCUUUGUCUCGUUAAGUCAACCCUAAUCGGGCAUAAUGUCUUUCAUUUGUCUCAUUGAAGGGGGAGGGGAGUGAAAGUAUAGAGGAAGAGAGGGGGAUUUAACAUUCACAAAAAGGCGACACCAACAGAGAAUGCGCGAUGGAGAAAAAUGACAGAGGUGAGGAAGAGGAGGAAGAACAGAGGCGGGAGAGGGGGGAGGCAGGUCGUUUGUAUAGUUUGUGCCCCACUGGGAAGAAGUUCCGGAGCAAGCCUCAAUUGGCUCGUUACCUUGGCAACUCCAUGGAUCUCAGCUCCUUUGAUUUCCGCACAGGCAAGAUGCUCAUGAGCAAACUGAACAAGAACAGACAGAGACCCAGAUAUGACAACAAUAGCCAGACUAAGGGUAAACCCGACCUGAAUACAUCCCUCCCAGUGCGACAGACGGCCUCCAUCUUCAAACAACCCGUUACAAAAGUUACCAACCACCCCAGCAAUAAGGUUAAGACAGACCCACAGAAGGCCAUUGACCAGCCCAGACAGCUUUUUUGGGAGAAGAAGUUGAGUGGCCUCAAUGCCUUUGACAUAGCAGAGGAGCUGGUGAAAACAAUGGAGCUCCCCAAAGGCUUACAAGGAGUAGGCCCUGGCUGCACAGAUAAGACCCUGUUGUCAGCGAUUGCCAGUGCCCUUCACACCAGUGCGGCUCCCAUCACGGGCCAGCUGUCCGCCGCUGUGGAGAAGAACCCAGGAGUCUGGCUCAACACGGCUCAGCCUCUCUGUAAGGCCUUCAUCGUCACAGACGAGGAUAUCAGAAAGCAAGAGGAGCUGGUGUACAGUGUUCGGAAGCGACUGGAAGAGGCUUUGAUGGCUGACAUGUUGGCUCACGUGGAGGAAACGUCUAGUGAGGGAGACGCACUCAAACAGGAGGGAAAUUGUAAUGAUGACAAACAGGAAGUAUAGCAAAGGGUAUUCAAAUGUGUCUGAAUUUCCUGCACAUGAGUUUCCCAACACAAGCAGACGCUCUGCUGAUCAACACACCACGUUACCAUCUCCCUUCGCUGAAUAUCCAUAUUCGUCCACCAGUGAUUCUCACAGAGACUGUUGGCUUGAUUGACAUUUUUCUGUUUUAUUGUUAUUGUUUUUUAAUAUUUUGAAACAUGUAACAGUUGAACUGCCUUUUGCAUUAAAUGUUUUGAGGUGUGUUUUUUUUUUUUUUUGAGGGUAUUUGGAUUUGAUAUGGUACGGAAGAGGAUAAGGGCCAAGCAAUAAUAAAAAAAUAAAACCA